AUGAAGAAUGGAUGUAGUAUUUUUGUUGGGAACAUUGACUUUGAAAUCCCAGAGGAGCGGAUAAUUGAAGAACUUGGAUCGGUUGGAAAGGUCGUCAGCUUCAGGAUGGUUUAUGAUAAAGCAACAGGCAAAUCACGUGGAUUUGGGUUUUGUGAGUACGAGUCGCCAUUGAUAGUUGAAAAGGCUCUGCAGAAUCUCAAGAUAUCGUUCAAUGGGAGGCCUGUGAAAAUCAAUUAUGCAGAGAAUGACAUGCCUAUGAAGUCCAAGGAGCCAGAAGAUCAGGUCCCAGAGAUUGAAAACUUGAUUAGUGUGCUUGACUGUAUGGACAAAGAUAAUAUCAAGGAAGUUCUUUUAUAUCUCAGGAAACUGGCGCUUGACCAACCAUCCUACUUAAGAGAACUGUUGAACAAAAACACAAGCCUGGUUUAUGCAAUUAUUCAUUCAGCACUGAAGCUCAAGCUAGUCAGUCAGGAGGCAGUUGAAGAACUGCUGAAAGAGUCAUUUGACCUCAACAAGCAGAAAAUGCAGGUCCUUGACAGAAUAUGCUCAAUCCCUGAAGAAGACCUGUGUUUUUUCCCUGAAGAAGCCAGGAAUAAAAUCAGAAGAGCAAGAGGAAUGAUCCUCAAAAACAGAGAGAGAUAA